CCGGCCGCCUCUCGCCUCGCGCCGCUGCCGCCGCAGACUCGGCGGCGCCACCGCUUGCCUUCCAGGUGGGAAAGCUGAGGCCCAAGGACUUGCCCCAUGAAGCACUAGCCCAUGUGCAAAUACAGCGAGGAGGUUGGUGGUGGAAGAGGUGCUGCACCACGAAAUAGCUUGCCUGUGGCUAGCUGAGUCAUUUGCUUAUAAGGUGGCAAUUUCUUUUCCAAAAAGAAGUUUAAAUGCUCAUGUUGCUGAAUUGCUUGUAGUUUCUUUAACUAAUGGGAAAAAAGAGAGCCCAAAAGGCUUUUAUCUCUAGAAACCAGAAAAAUUCACUGCUGGCCAACCCCUCACCCCCAUAGUGGUUCUGAUUUCCUUCUUGGUCAAGAGAGCCCCAUGUCAUUACUUUCUUCUGCCACUUGCUGCAAAACAAUUAGAGGAGGAAAUCGAGGAGCCACCCCUGCUACUUACCAGAUAACUUAACAGUCGACAAAGUUCCCAGGGAAAAAGCUGCAGGCAUCUGAGGAUAAAGCACAUUGCACAGCUUUUACCUGAAAGCUGACCUGGAAGACCAUUAGGCACCAGCUUACAAGUCAGAUUUGAUUCCUGAAAUGGACUGAAGCUGAAAAAUCAUCUACUUUGUCUAUGAAUUUGAGACACAACUGGGAUGAUCUCAAGUGCAUACCACUAGACUCUCACUGCAGAUAUGAGUUCAGACGAGAAGGGCAUAUCCCCUGCCCAUAAGACGGCCACGCCAACCCAUAGAAGUGCCUCCUCUUCAACAUCCUCCCAGAGGGACAGCCGCCAGAGUAUCCACAUACUGGAGAGGACUGCUUCCUCUGGCACCGAGCCCUCUGUGAGUCGGCAAUUGCUUGAACCUGAGCCGGUGCCCUUGGCCAAGGAAGCUGACAGCUGGGAAAUUAUAGAAGGGCUGAAAAUAGGCCAAACCAAUGUCCAGAGACCAGACAAACAUGAAGGCUUUAUGCUGAAGAAAAGAAAAUGGCCUUUAAAAGGCUGGCACAAGCGUUUUUUUGUCCUGGAUAAUGGAAUGUUAAAGUAUUCAAAGGCACCACUUGAUAUUCAAAAAGGGAAGGUCCAUGGCAGCAUCGAUGUUGGGCUCUCUGUUAUGUCAAUUAAAAAGAAAGCUCGGAGAAUAGACCUUGACACAGAAGAGCACAUCUAUCACUUGAAGGUGAAAUCCCAGGACUGGUUUGAUGGAUGGGUGUCCAAACUGCGCCAUCAUCGAUUGUAUCGGCAGAAUGAAAUUGUGAGAUCCCCACGAGAUGCUAGUUUUCACAUAUUUCCUUCAACUUCCACAGCUGAAUCCUCACCAGCUGCCAAUGUGUCUAUGGUGGAUGGGAAGGUGCAACAGAACAGCUUCCCAUGGCAGUCCCCGUUACCCUGCAGCAGCAGCCUCCCUGCCACCUGUACCACCGGCCAGAGCAAAGUGGCAGCCUGGCUGCAGGACUCAGAAGAAAUGGACAGGUGUGCAGAAGACCUUGCACACUGCCAGUCAAACCUUGUGGAACUUAGCAAACUCCUGCAAAAUUUGGAAAUACUUCAGAGAACUCAGUCAGCACCUAACUUCACUGAUAUGCAGGCUAACUGUGUAGAUAUUUCAAAGAAAGACAAGCGAGUCACAAGACGAUGGAGAACAAAAAGUGUCAGCAAAGAUACAAAAAUACAACUGCAGGAAGGGCCACCUACGAAGGGCCAGUUCAACACAACUCGGCGCCGGCAGAGGCUAGCAGCAGCAGUGGCUACAACAGUUCCUUUCAGUGCCACCAUGUCACCCGUUCGCUUGCAUUCCUCCAACCCCAACCUUUGUGCGGAUAUUGAAUUUCAGACUCCCCCUAGCCACCUCACUGACCCUCUGGAAAGUUCAACAGAUUAUACAAAGCUUCAAGAAGAAUUUUGUCUAAUUGCCCAGAAAGUGCAUUCUCUUUUGAAGUCUGCAUUUAACAGCAUAGCUAUAGAGAAGGAGAAGCUCAAGCAGAUGGUUUCUGAGCAGGAUCACAAUAAAGGCCACAGCACACAGAUGGCACGGUUGCGACAGUCACUGUCUCAGGCUCUCAACCAGAAUGCUGAACUGAGGAGUCGGUUGAACAGAAUACAUUCAGAAUCUAUUAUUUGUGAUCAGGUUGUCAGUGUCAAUAUUAUUCCUAGUCCUGAUGAGACUGGUGAGCAAAUCCAUGUCAGUCUCCCCCUCUCACAGCAAGUAGCCAAUGAGAGUCGCCUGUCCAUGUCAGAGUCUGUCUCUGAGUUCUUUGAUGCCCAAGAAGUACUCCUCUCUGCAAGCUCCUCAGAGAAUGAGGCGUCAGAUGAUGAGUCUUACAUCAGCGACGUGAGUGAUAAUAUUUCUGAAGACAACACCAGUGUUGCAGACAACAUUUCUCGGCAAAUCUUGAAUGGGGAACUGACAGGAGGGGCCUUCCGAAAUGGACGUCGAACAUGCCUACCAGCCCCCUGUCCUGAUACCAGUAAUAUUAACUUGUGGAAUAUCUUGAGGAACAACAUUGGUAAAGACCUAUCUAAAGUCUCUAUGCCUGUGGAGCUGAACGAGCCACUCAACACUCUGCAACAUCUCUGUGAGGAAAUUGAAUACAGUGAGCUCCUGGACAAGGCUUCAGAAACUGAUGAUCCCUACGAACGCAUGGUUCUUAUUGCUGCAUUUGCAGUUUCAGGAUAUUGCUCUACCUAUUUCAGAGCAGGAAGUAAGCCAUUCAACCCUGUCCUUGGGGAGACUUAUGAAUGCAUUAGAGAGGACAAGGGAUUUCGAUUUUUCUCUGAACAGGUUAGCCAUCAUCCACCCAUUUCUGCCUGUCACUGUGAAUCCAAGAAUUUUGUGUUCUGGCAAGAUAUCAGAUGGAAAAACAAGUUCUGGGGGAAGUCGAUGGAAAUCCUGCCUGUUGGAACACUGAAUGUCAUGCUUCCAAGGUAUGGAGAUUGCUAUGUGUGGAAUAAAGUAACCACGUGCAUACACAACAUUCUCAGUGGGAGGAGAUGGAUAGAGCAUUAUGGAGAAAUAACCAUUAGAAAUACUAAAAGCAGUGUUUGCAUUUGCAAACUCACAUUUGUCAAGGUGAAUUAUUGGAAUUCUAAUGUGAAUGAAGUCCAGGGAGUCGUAAUAGAUCAGGAGGGGAAGGUGGUGCACCGGUUGUUUGGGAAGUGGCAUGAAGGGCUCUACUGUGGCGUGGCUCCCUCUGCAAAGUGCAUCUGGAGACCAGGUUCCAUGCCAACCAACUAUGAGCUCUACUAUGGCUUCACAAGGUUUGCGAUUGAACUCAAUGAGUUAGAUCCUGUACUAAAAGAUCUCCUUCCACCGACAGAUGCUCGAUUCCGACCAGAUCAAAGAUUUUUGGAAGAAGGAAAUUUAGAAGCUGCAGCGGCAGAAAAGCAAAGAGUAGAAGAACUCCAGAGAUCUCGAAGACGAUACAUGGAAGAAAACAACCUUGAACAUAUACCAAAAUUUUUUAAGAAAGUGAUUGAUGCCAAUCAAAGAGAAGCCUGGGUUUCUAAUGACACCUAUUGGGAGCUGCGAAAGGACCCUGGGUUUAGCAAAGUAGACAGCCCUGUUCUUUGGUAAAACGAAUGUAGAGCUAGCCAACAUAUCACGCUCUGAAUGAAUAAAUAACUAUGCACAAGUAUGUUUCUUAGAGCUCCGCGUGGUUUCCGGGUCAAUUAAAAACCGAUCAUUUGCUUUUCUAUUCAUCUUUAUAAUGGACUUUCAGAAGUGCAUUAGACAAGGCCCCUGACCACUUUCGGAUCCUUUCUGUUUUGCUGCAACCAUAUUCCUUAAAAACAUCCACACCUUCCUCGAAAAGCAGAAUAAAAGGAGCAGAAUAUAAAACCCAAAGUCUGAAGAGUUUGUAAAGAAAAAAUGAACUGUAACUGGUGCUUAAAGCUGAUCCAGAAAGUGUAAAGCAACAUGACAUAAACCACGUGUUCGGUCCUUUUUCGGGAAGCACUAUCCCCUUACCGUAGGAGCUGCUGGCCACGGCAGGCGGCCAGCUCAGAUCUCCAGAGUGUCUGUUAGAUGUGGUGUACUUGUGCUGGCCUUGUCAAAAAAGACGUGAUGCUUCUCAGAACCUGUUCCAUCUGUACGCCAUUGUUCAUGCCUUAAGAAAUGCGAAGAUGUACAAUAAAUCAUUUUGUAAAUGUGUACUCAUAGGUUUAUGUGAAGGACAGGUCUUUUGAAUCCCAGCAUGAUUCACUUUAUAGGGUCAGAGCAAUUGUGAGACUAACUUCAGUGGAUUGAAAAGGUAAACAACAUGCACGUUAUUUCAAUCAGUUUACCUGGAUGGGUUGCUAUCUCGGACGUCCAGAGGCUAAAAGGAAAGGUGCACUAAGUAGAUCUCUGUAUUCACAUUGUUCCUCAAGUUCUGUUCCCGCACUCCUUCCUCUCCCACCUAACCUUAGAGUGUGCCCUGUUAUUUGGCAAAAUCUGUAUUUGAUUUGAACACUUGGCAUCAGUGUUAAAAUCUUGGAAGGAAGUAACAAAGAGCUGAUGGUAUUUCUGUUUCUGUGUGGGCUUAGGAGUAAUGUAAGCAUUAACUAUUUUUGAGUGAAGUAUAGUGUAACCCAAGUCGCUAUUUUCUGCCCAACCCAUUGGCACUAGAGGAAUUUCACUGGGAACAGAAGCAAGAAUGCUAGUAGCUAAUUUGCAUUGUUUAAAUGAGUUCUAUGCAAAGUCAUAUUUUAUAUUUUCAUCAAGUGAUUCAGUAGGAUACAUGACCACAUAUAAAGCAUUUACCUUGCUAUUGGCAGAAAUAUAAAAUUUAAGCUCCAUCCCAACAAAAAAAAAGGGGGCGGGGGAAGGUUGCAGAAAUAUGUUUUGCAUACUUCAAGAAUUGUGUUUUCCCCCAUUAAUAUACAGAGACUUUUGUAGGAAACUUGCAUCAGUAUUCCUGAGUUUCUGCACGUGGGUGACUAUAUAAAUGCCUGUAUAUUUUUUGAAAAUCUCCUUAGAGAUUUUCCUAGAAAAUUAUAAAAUUACAUAUAUUUUAUUCUUAGUUAGGUUUUUAUUCUAGAUUCUUACCAUCAGAUUUUAAAUGUUAUUUUAAGCUCUGAUAACAAGGUCACUACAUUUUACAUUUCGUUAUGCGGUGUUGAUUUUGGUGUUACUUCUCAAAAAAGCAUUCCUUAUUGUGGCUAAUACACUGUCAAACCAAAACUGCUGAGAGCCAAGGGAAACUCAGAAGUGUCCACUAGGUGGAGCAAUGUUGUAGUUACCCUAAAAUGCCACCGUCCUUUUAUCUGAGUCCAUGCAUUAUAUGUACGUACCAUUGGUUAAGAAUGAAAUUUCAUUCUCAAUUAAAUUCCCUUCUGCAUCUUCAGACCCAAGCAUUCCACUUUAGUGGCACCCUCCUAUGCUUUUCAAUGCCUUUAUUUCACCUCAAUCUGUAGAUGACUUACCCCACAAUAAUAAAAUUUUUCCUUUAUUGAUUCAUUUUCUGCUCAUUCAUCUUGACAUCCUUUUAUCUGCAUAAUGAGAUACAUGCUUCUGAUUUUAAUUAUAAUUAAAUUAGAAUUAUAUUGCCAUCCUCAUAGGAGUCUUUUCCCACAACUGGUAAAGCUUUAAACACUAUUUAAAGUGGCCCAUCUCUGUACUUAUUAGCAUUUCUCUGAACACUCUCAAGAUAUUUAGCCUAAAGAUUAGAAAAGAAUCCUGCCAAGUAUAGGUACUGCAUGUACAAAAGUGGGAAGGUGAGACAUCAGGCAGCUGAAAGAGGACCCAGGUCCAUCAGGGAAUCAACUGCUACACCUAGUAGUAGAGAUGAUUAGCUAGUAGAUUCAAAGAUUAGCAUAUAGAGAUGACUUUGACUAGUUAAUAAGUUCAAGCUGUAUGAAUGAACUAGGUGCAAGUUGAUCAGAGCUAACCUGAAACUCUGGUUAGAAUUUCAAGAUGAGAUGAGAAGAAUAUCAAAUUAAUUUAAAUCAAUACAUUUUAUGAUUUCCCAAUUUAGAAUCUUUUGAGUUUCAGAUACCCUGAUUAGAUUUCCAGUUCAAGUGAUAAUUAAGUUUUAGCUACUACUUUUAUCGUAGCUGACUCACAAAACUCUUCCUCAAUGCUCCUAGGUUUUACUUUUUUAUUUAUAUGGUGGUUAUGAAAUUGUGAGACUUCUUUUGUUUGGAAUUUUCAUCUACAUAAUGUUGGAGCUUUUGGGACUGGCUUUAAAAAGCAAAAGGAGAGACUAAAUAUUAGCUCACUCUUGAAAAAUCUGAUUGAUUUCUUCAAAUAUUUUAUAAAUCUUUUCAUUUCAAGGGAACUUUCCUCAAUUUUUCCCCUAAAAUGACUUAGGUUAGAGGAGGGCUUAUGUCUUUAUACUUACCUAUGGUUAUUGCUAAGCUCCUUCAUCUUUUGGAGUUGGCUACUAAAGACAGCAAUAAUAAGUGAAAUUGGUCCUGUAGAUGUGACUAGACUGAACAGGUCGAUGGCACAGGCCAGACAUGUGGGAGCCAACCAGAAACUAAUUAUUUUGAUUCCAUAUGCUGUCACCUAGGGUGCAAAUUUACUCUCAGAUUUUGCUAUUUUACUGGGUUUUUUUAAAUUAAGUCACUAUUUUCAUGGAUUCCUCUAAAAUACCCCAUAAUUUCUAGGCAAUUGUAAAAGUAAACCUCAUUUGAGAUACUUUUUAGUACUACAUGUCAAUUAUAUGUGAGAAAAAAUUGCCAAAUGUAUUUUCUGGGAUAAAGAAACUGAGGGAUUUUCAAAACAAGGGAUGCCAGGUUGGCUGUUUACCAAGCCUUUUGCUCCUCUUGAUUAUUCUGGCCCCAUGUUUUUCAGCAAUACCACUAAUCAAUCCUUAACUCCCACCCCAGGGUGCAGUGGGGGGCAGAGCUAAAGAGGAAACUGAUAAAACUGUUUUGCUUAGUUCUGGUUACAGCUGUGAAUGGAGAUGAGUUUAUAAUCAUAAUCUAAUGUACAUUUUUGUUACUACCUUGUGGAUUUUAAUUAUCCAUCUUGUCUAAUCUUGUUCUCUGUCAUCCUAGAUAAUGAAGUGUUUGUGGGAGCGGAGCUCCACACAUACCAGGGGGUGUAAUAAAUGUUUGCACUUGGCUUGAGUUGGUAUAUUAUGAAUGUGGCAUAGUAAAUAAAGUUUGUGUACAAAGUAUUAGUUUAUUUCUAUGGGAGCCAUUAUCUUCAGAUAUAUAAAAUGUAUCUAAUUAAACAAUUAUGAAUCUAUUUUGUGCUCUAGAAAUGUUCUUUUGGGGGGAAAGAUAAAAAAUUUCAUUGGAGCUAAAAUUAAAAUGUUUGGGUUUGUUUUUUUUUUCUUUCAAAAAGCUUCCCAGUCAUUUAGAAAUACUGCAGGUCAAACCAGAUUUGAUCUAAGUUUUCACUGAAUUUCUUUUGUAAAAUUGAUUGAUUUAAACUGUACGUUGCAUGAAUCAUUGUUAAAUCUGACUUUGUUUAACUUUAAUACCUAAUUGUACAAGCAUACUGAAUUGUAAGAUCUUUACUGCAGCCUUUGCUUUUAAAGAAAGUGACAAAUUGUUUAAGAAAAAAUUUAGUUUUAAUUCUUCUUCUGAAAAUGAGAUCUAAAAACGAAUAAUUUUUUUAAAAACUGCUGUGAUGAACCAGCACGUCCAGCAUCUUAAGCAAAUGAAGCCCCAUGACAUAGGCAACUCAGGUGACCAGGCAGUGAAGAAGUUACUUGUCAGCCAUAGUCAUCCUUUUGUUUUCCAAAACAGCUGUCAAACCUGAAUCAUUUUUCCUUCCUUCUGAUCCUUGUCUAGUAAGGGACAGGGAUAAACAUGUCUAUUUUGCACUGCGCCAUUGCUUGUAAAAUAUGCACCAUUUAUGCACAGUUGCAAGGUGAUAGCGAUAUGGGAGCCACUACAUUAAAUUUCCCAUGGAACACUACUAAAUGUUCAUGGAGUAAAGUGUACCUCCUACCUACAUAUUAUUAGUUUCUCAAUAGUUAUCUCAAUAGGAAAGCAUAAAACAAUGCAUUAUUUUCUGUGAAUUCUUUUUAUCAUGCCUUCCUUCUAAAUAUAAAUUAGGACAAUAGUGGAGAAAAGAAUAUUGAAUUCAGAAAAGGUAUAAUCCUAUUUCCAUUUCACCUGUUUCUUUUAGCUAAUAGGGUAAAAAGCUGAAUUUCUUCAUGCUGUUGAAAGAGACAAUAACGCUGAAACAAUUCUUUUAUCUUGGACACCUAACUCCCUGGCCCUCUUAAUUAUUGUCAUCUAGUUAAUUCUUUAGGCAAUAAAAUAGUUGCCAGAAACUUUUUUCCAGCCAUUUCAAUCUUAGUUAAAAGCUUUAUUGAGCUGACAUACAAUAAGCUUUACAAAUAUGAACUGUACAAUCUGAUACAUUUGGAUGUAUGUAUACAUCUUUUACACCACACUGUUACCACAGGGAACAUACCUAUCAUCACCAAACAUUUCUCCUGCCCCUUCAGACUUCCUCUUCCUGUCUCCAGCCUCUCUCCUCCCUCCUCUCCCCAAACAAUUGUUGAUCUGCUUUACUCACUUUCUAAAAUGUGUAUAUUGGCUUGUAUUGUUGCAUAUGGAUUUUUCUAGAAGGCUGUAUAUAUUUUGGUUAGAUAUAUGCCUCCAAAUUCCCCCAUGUCACUUCCCUAGUGUCCACUAUCAAAUAAUACUAUUUUAUGAGAAGGAGGAUCUCAUUAAGCUACAGUUCUGGUAGCCCAGUAAAAAUUUUAGUUUUGAAAUACCUAGAAAACAAUAAACUGGUUUUCAUGUCAAAAUGGUCCUGUAAGUUAAUGAAUUCAUUUCCUCUUUGGUGGGUCCAAAAUAGUAACACUGAAUUUGCUGGUAGCACCGAGGAAGCCCUGGGAAGUGUCUCUUGUUUGUCACGAAUCACUGCAAAGUCAUAUGAACCCAGAAUGACUGCUCUUGAAAUGAUGUUCUGAUUUGACCAGGGAAGCUGUUGUGCAGAGUUACUUCUUAUUUGCCUUGGCAGCCACACUUGUGUCACAAACAUUGAAACUCCCAGUGCUCAAGAAAGCUGCUUUUCCAUAUCUUCUAUUGCCUUCACUCUGCAUCUGGAAACAAAGUUGCUAAACCUAAGGAAAAGACAUGGAAAUGAAGUAUCCUUAGUCACUGAGCUGCCAUUAGGGGCUGUGCUAGUGGAAAGCUGAUUCCUCAAAUGCCCACCCUCACUGCCUGUUGCUCAGAAGUAGAAAAAUUUCCAGAAACUCUCAAUAGAGCAUGAUUGACAUUAAAUGCUAAUGAAAAGAAAAGGCAAGAAUGAAUAACAGAGAAGUGGAAUCGGGGGUGGAAAAGUAGGUUCCCUGGGUGGGGCUGGUUCUCAUGUUCCUUGGGGAUGUAAGGACAGGUGCAGGGGCCUAAGGGAUGUCUUGGUUUACAGGCAGAGCCCCUCCAAAAGCCCUGAGCGCAGAUCACGGUGUGGGCCUAGAAUCUGUGUUUUAGAAAGCAUCCUCCAUACCCAGGGAAUUGUAAGGGAAGUGGGGAAUAUCUGAGCUUGCCCUAGCCUAAUCACCUCCUCCCUUAUCUUUGUCCUGGCCUCAGCCUUUGGUGUUUGGGGUUUUUCUCAUUCAGUAGUUGGUGAGAAAGUCUGGUUCAAAAGCCAGUAACUGACUAGAGCUCAGUGUUCUGUGUAAGGCUCUGCCUGGCUUGAGUUCUUGUCACUUCCGUGGCUUCUGUCCUGAUGCCAGUGCUAUGAUAGGAGUUCAAGUGUGGGAAGGGCAGAGCUCUAUUACCUAAAAGAUGAGAUUGUUUUGAGGAGAAUGUGAAAGUAUCUCUACCCCACCCCUGACCCUACCUUUCCAUCCCCUCCUGGACCUGGGCAGUGUCUCUAAGUGGAUUUUUUAAAUUGGUUAAUGGGGUCCAGUCUGGCAGGGAACCCCAUAGAGAAAUUCCAAGGUAAAGCUCAUUCUUGAUCACCUGUCUGGCAAUUUUUUGACCAGGGAUAGCUGCAUAUUCUUCAUCCAGGUCAGUUUCUUCCCUGAAAAUAAUAUAUUUCCAAAAAAAAUUUUGAAAAUCUUCCACUGUGAAAUUUCUCUGCUUAUAAUUGAAGGUGUAAAGGCAGAAGCCAUGUACUGUUAUCAUACGCUCUUUGAGAUAGAAAAAUUAAAUUGUAUCAUAUAUUAAGUAUAGAAUUUCAAGCAACUUUCUACAGACAAAAAUAGCUUGUAGUUAAAUUUCCUAAUGAAAAUAAAAAUUCACUGAAAAAAAGGUCUAAUUUGUGCCACCUC